UGUAUCUUUUCUAAGAUCUUUAGAAACAAGUAAGGAAAGGGGUUGUGUUUGUGCAGAUGGAAGAAGCUGAUAUUGGAGUUACGGUCACAGAGACUAACAUAAAGAAUAAGUUGAUGGUGGCAAUUGACGAUAGCGAAUUCAGUGAUCAUGCUCUCACUUGGGCCCUUAAAACCCUUCGGUCCACUAUCGUUGAUUCAGAACUUAUCAUCUACACUGCUCGAAUUCCAGUUGAUAUUGGCUAUUUGUAUGCGUCUUCCUGGGGAACAGCUGAGCUGAUUAAAAAACUUAAAGAAAGCGAGAAGAAAGCAGCAUAUGAGUUACUAGAGAAAGCUAAAAGAACCUGCAGUGAUUAUGGGGUUACUGCAGAAGGAAUCACAGAGAUUGGAGACCCUAAAGUGGCCAUUUGCAAUGCGGUCGAGAAGUUUAACAUUCAGUUGCUUGUGAUAGGCAGUCAUGGUCGGGGAACUGUUACAAGGACUAUCUUGGGGAGUGUCAGCAACUACUGUAUCCACCAUGCCAAGUGCCCAGUUCUCGUAGUCAAGAAAACAGACUGAUAUUAUCGUAUGUGCAUAAGUAAGAGCUUACUCGAAAAUAAUGUUGUUCAUGUUUAAACCAAAUCAUUCAUAUUUCUUAGUCAAAUGUUAACAGUACAAAUAAAUCAUAA